AGAGACUGGGCUGCCUGAGGAGGCGGGAGUCUCAGGCGGCCGCCGGCAUGGACGCCGCGGAAGUGGAGUUUCUGGCCGAGAAGGAGCUGGUUACCAUCAUUCCCAACUUCAGCCUGGACAAGAUCUAUCUCAUCGGGGGGGACCUGGGGCCGUUCAACCCUGGCCUGCCGGUGCAAGUGCCGCUGUGGUUGGCGGUGAACCUGAAGCAGAGGCAGAAGUGUCGGCUGCUGCCCCCGGAGUGGAUGGACGUAGAAAAGUUGGAGAAGAUGAAGGAUCAUGAACGAAAGGAGGAAACUUUUACCCCUGUACCCAGUCCUUACUACAUGGAACUCACCAAACUGCUGCUCAAUCAUGCUUCAGAUAACAUCCCAAAGGCAGAUGCAAUCCGGACCCUGAUCAAGGAUCUGUGGGACACGCGCAUGGCCAAGCUCCGGGUGUCUGCUGACAGCUUUGUGCGGCAGCAGGAGUCACAUGCCAAGCUGGAUAACUUGACUUUGAUGGAGAUCAACACCAGCGGGGCCUUUCUCACACAAGCACUCCAUCACAUGUAUAAACUCCGUACAAACCUCCAGCCUUCUGAGAGUGCCCCAUCUCAGGAUUUCUAGAGGAAGGCCUGUGGUUGGCAAGGUCUAGCCUGUCUGGCAGCAGCUUGCUAGGUGGGGAUUGGUGACAUGGCGGAGGUACUUGUAUAUUUGGAGUUAUGAAAACAUUUUCGAAUGUAUGAAAGAUAUGCAUACUGGUACAGGGAAUGGAUCUGUAACAUUUGUAGAGAAGCAAAUUGUGAUUAGUUCUCAAAACUCAACUUUUCUGAACUGGGCAUGGUGGUGCAUGCCUAUAAUCCCAGCAACUUGGGAGGCUGAGGCAGACAGAUUGCAAGUUCCAGGCCAGUCCCAGCAUUUAGUGAAGCCCUGAGCAACUUAGUGAGACCUGUCUCAAAAUUAAAAAGGGCUGGAAGGUAGCUCAGUGGUAAAGCACCCUUGGGUUCAGUCCUUAGUACCAAAACCAAAACUCCCCUGAACAUUUAAUCCCCCAUUUAAUUUUAGAAGCCAGCUUUUCUUCUGUGGGUAAAAGAAAAAAGUAUUAGGCAACCAAGUCCUCCCUGUUGCCAGAGCCUUAGGCUUUCUGCAUAAGGCUGUCCUCAUGGGUGUGUUCAGUGACUGGUGUAGAUACAGGAGAGGCCAUGUGGCUGGGGCUCUUUUCCCUCUUGGUUCCAAUUUCUUGGACAAAACCUGGAUCUGCUAGAGGUUGUUCAUGGAGUAUGAUGGUGAAUAGUGGCGGGUAAUACUGACCAGUGUUUAUAUUCUAAACUACAAUUUAUAAUAA